UCCGCGAUUCCGGUGGCGCCGCGCCGUCCGCCUCCCUAGUCCCUACCCCUAGCUCCCCCUCGCCGCCCGCCGCCACCACGCUAGCUAGCGCUCCCCCUCCUCCGCCGCCACGCGCGCAGCCACAAGCAUCCCAUGCCGGGUGCCUCUGCGGCAUGACCAGCGCCGCCGCCGCCCAACUCCGCCGGAAGCGGCGCACCGAGAGCAACUCCCCGACGAUUCGCCCCCGCCGCCGACUCCUCUGCCCCAGUCACUUCCUCGCCAUCCGCCCCUUCGGCCUCCGCUUCGCCCUCUCCGCCGCGCCCCGCCGCCGCCCUCGCGCCGCCCGCCGUCCCGCGGCCGCUCCCCCUCGCCGCCGACCACGCAGCAGCGUCGUAUUCGUCCCCGCCGUCCGCCCAUUCGUCCUCCGCUACUUCCUCCCGAGCGGUUCAUCAUCCCCUCGCCGCCGCCGGAAGGCCUCCGGGGUAGACAUGGGCAACUUUGUCUCGCAGCUGCUGAAGGGAUGGGUCGAGGGGUCGCGGGAGGCGGAAGAUCUCUCUGUGGCAAAGAAGGUUCAGGGGGACAAGGCCAGUGCCGUCAGGAGGGGUACUCGCGAUGCCAGCAAGAUCACACUGGAGGAGGUGCGCACCGAUAGACCCCAAGAGGAUCUGUCUGAACUGUUCACACCUCUCACGAAAGGAGAAGAAAGUGAAGUAUACAACGCCUUGUAUGGUGGUGGUCACAGUAAAAAAAUAGUGGCAGCGCAUGAGCCUUCAAACAUUGAAAUUACCAAAGAGACACUAGGGUGUUUGAGGCCUCGUGGUUGGUUAAACGAUGAGGUCGUCAAUUUGUACCUUGAAUUGUUAAAGGAGAGGGCAGAAAGAGAACCCACAAGAUUUUUAAAAUGCCACUUCUUUAACACAUUCUUUUAUAAGAAGCUUGCUUCUGGGAAAACUGGUUAUGACUACGAAUCUGUUAGAAGAUGGACAGCCAUCAACAAGUUGGGCUAUGAGCUUGUGCAGUGUGACAAAAUAUUCGUUCCAGUACAUAGAGAUAUGCACUGGUGCCUGGCAGUUAUUAACAUGAAGGAAAAAACUUUCCAGUAUCUUGAUUCUUUUGGUGGCAUGGACUACUCUGUACUGAGAAUACUGGCUAGAUAUAUUAUGGAUGAAUUGAAGGACAAGAGUAACAUAGAGAUAGACAUCAAUUCUUGGCUGGAAAGACCAGUUCCUUUUCCUUUGCAACAUAAUGGAUGGGAUUGCGGUAUGUUUAUGCUCAAGUUCAUCGAUUUCCACAGCAGAGGUCUCGGACUGUCUUUUAGUCAGAAACAUAUGGAAUAUUUUAGGAAGCGGACAGCAAAGGAGAUCCUGAGAUUAAGAGCUGACUAAGCAACGAGCCAUUUAUGACCGACACAUUUCAGACAUUUUCCAAAGUCAGGUAUUCUUCUUGCAUUCUACUGGCAAAGAUGUGAGGAAGUAUUUCUCUGGUGUCAGCAACUGGAGUUGUGGUGAACUGGUGAUUAUGAACUGUCGGAGUAAAUCACCAUGCCACCAGAGUUUUGUAAAACCUUUUAGUUAUAUUCAUCUAGGAUCUGAUUUUGAUAGAGCAGAGGGAAUAGAAAAGUGACAUUUAGGGAAGACAGUAAGAUAAGUGAAGUAGGUAGUGAGGUUCCAUGAUUACAAUGUUUAUCUUGAUUGUUAUUGCAGCAUCCAUUAAUGGUGUUCUAUAGAGAAAAAAAGUAGCACCCAUCGAUGUGUUAUCCCUA